GAUCUAGAUCUGUAUAAAAUAAAAUCAAUUCUUAUAUAUAUAUUUGCCUGAAUAUUUUCUGUAGAGAGUGCAUUUGAUUAAUGAUAAUCAAAUUAGCUUCAGAAAUACUGCAGUACUGUAGAGGAAUGUGCAGAAGUUCUUUACACCAGUGAUAUUUCGCCACUAACAUUGGGUUUAAUAGAUAGGACAAUGUAAAUGUUAGAGGCCAUAACCAUCGUACCGCAAUCAUGGCCGACAUUCCACAGAUGUUUGUUGCCAAACAAUGACAGGCGUUGGAUUUCCUUAUUGGAGCGUAUGGCAAAUAGACAUCAGCAAUGCAGGUUAAAGACAAAAUUGCAGGUGAAAGUGUUGAGCUAAUACAGGACAGUGGGAACGUAAAUGUCACAAACAGUAUCACAGUAGAAGCAGAACAUCACACUAAAUUGUCGUUAUUUCAAACAUGCUCUAUUGUCAUCUCUUCGGUAGGAGGAGUCGGAGUCUUCGUUGCUAUGUCAACAAUAAUGAUGACAACUGGUUCCGUUGGUGUCAUGUUGAUAAUCGUACUGAUUUCCGGUCUGCUCAAUUACUCACUCGCCAAAUGUUUUGCAGAGGUAGCCAUCAUACUUCCAAAGGCCGGAGGACCGUAUUUCUUUCUUCUUGAUGUUUUUGGAGAACUUCCAGCGUUCCUGUUUCUUUGGGGAUUUGUCUUUAUGAUAAUUGCACCAGUCUGGGCUUAUCUUGCGUACGCAUCGGCCCUCUAUAUUGUGCAGCUGUUCUUCCCAGGUUGUCGACCACCAGACAUUGCCACAAAACUUUUGGGUGCGUGCAUUUUAGUUUCUGUGGUACUUAUCAACUGUCUGUAUCUAAAAUUUGUAACCAAAAUUCAAGCUCUUCUUACAAGCACAAAACUCGUAGCAAGUGUGUUCAUUGUUAUAUGUGGCAUCAUUUCGGCAGCGCAAGGUAACACAGAAAAUUACAUAGACAUAUUUGAGGGAUCAACAACACAACCUGGUGAUAUAGCCGUUAGUAUCCUGUCGGGAAUGUUCCUUUAUGGCGGAUGGCAGCUGAUAACAUUCUUGUUAGAAGAAAUGGAGUCACCAGAAAAAAAUUUACCAAAAACUUUAAGCAUAUCUUUUGCAAUUGUGAUCACGUUUAGCGAAUUGAUUGUCGCCUCGUAUUUCGUGUUGAUCUCACCGACAGAAAUGAUCGACGCUGACGCAGUGGCUGUGUUGUUUAUGGAGAGAAUAUACCCAGCAUUUGGUCCAGUGAUAGCAGUGUUUGUAACAUCUACGGCUAUAUCCAGCUUGAAUGCUGUGAUUCUAGGCCAGUCUCGCAUGGUGAGCGCGGCUGCCAGAAGGCACCACUUACCAGCAAUACUAGCUACUCUCAGCGAGAAAUACACCAUGCCGUGGGCAGCUACAAUUCUUUUGUGUAUAAUUGCUCUACUGAUCUUGUUUUUCGGCAAGCUAUCUAGACUUAUCAUUAUGAUGAGUUUCUACGCAACCGUGAUGGGGUUGUCAGUUCUGUUGUGUUUUUUCGCUCUCAGAAUUAAAAGGCCAAAUGUUAGAAGACCAUUAAAGGUAUGGCUUGGAACUGCUGUGGUACAGCUGCUUAUCUGUGCAACAACACUUAUCAUGAGUGUCUAUCAACAACCGGAGGACAUUGGAACACUAGUACUGUUUGUGUUGUGUGGAAUACCAGUUUAUGUCUUAUUUAUAAAAUGGAAGUCAAAACCAAAAAUAAUUGACAGUACCGUUGAUAAGAUGACAAUUUUCCUCCAGAAACUGCUGAUUUUGAAACACGCCUGACAAUAGCCUAUAUCAUGUCAAGAAAUGUUACUUUAUAGUAUAUUUUUUACUUCCCAUUAUAGAUGUACAAAAAAAACAAGAUCCUUUUAUGUAAGAGUAUUACAGCAUUUCAUGUAAGUUUUAUUAAAACUAAAAGUGUCGAAAUAAAUGUGUUUAUUAACAGCCCACGAAUUAUUUCAGUCACUCAGAAUAUUAUAUUUCUAAUUAAUGUUAUUUCAGAAUAUGUUAAGUACGUACCAACGUUAGUCAUCAUUUGUCAAUGUCAUACUGUGAGUCAUUAUUGUUCGUGCCAUCUGAUAUCGUGUUUUCAUAAUUCUGCAACGCCAUGUCAUAUUUGUAUGCCAGAAUGUGUUCUGUGCCAGACUAGCUAUUACAAUUACUUCCAUGUAAGACUUUAUGAAAACAAUUCAAGUCAAUAUAACAUUUAGGAUGCGUUUACAUUUAGAGCAUAUAUCAUUUCCAUGUAAGUUUUCACCAGUUCUAUAUAAGAAUGUGUUUCCAUGUUAGAUCUCAUGUAUCAGUUCUAUAUAAGAAUGUGUUUCCAUUUUAGAUCAUGUAUCAUUUCCAUGUAAGUAUGUGUUUCUAUGUCAGAUCUCGUGUAUCAGUUCUAUAUAAGAAUGUGUUUUAUGUUAGAUCAUGUAUCAUUUCCAUGUAAGUAUGUGUUUCUAUGUCAGAUCUCGUGUAUCAGUUCUAUAUAAGAAUGUGUUUCCAUUUUAGAUCAUGUAUCAUUUCCAUGUAAGUAUGUGUUUCUAUGUCAGAUCUCGUGUAUCAGUUCUAUAUAAGAAUGUGUUUCCAUUUUAGAUCAUGUAUCAUUUCCAUGUAAGUAUGUGUUUCUAUGUCAGAUCUCGUGUAUCAGAUCUAUAUUAGAAUGUGUUUCUAUGUUAGAUCAUGUAUCAUUUCAGUGUAAGAAUGUGUUUCUAUGUUAGAUCUCGUGUAUCAGAUCUAUAUUAGAAUGUGUUUCUAUGUUAGAUCAUAUAUCAUUUCAGUGUAAGAAUGUGUUUCUGUCAUGCCCAUGUAAGAGCGUGUUUCUCUUUUAGAUGGUGUAUCAUUUCCAUGUAGAAAUGUUUUUUAUAUCAGAUUGUUUAUUAUUUCCAUGUAGGAAUGUGUUCCUAUACAAGAUUGUGUACCAUUUCUAAUAACAUCAUGUUUUAAUUUUAUAAUUUUUAUGUUAUAAUGUACUUACAUGUAUAGGACUGAUGCUAAGUAGCAAACUCUUCAGCAUUUUGAAACAAAGGGAGCGCCAGAUGUUUCCUAUGUUAGAUGAAUACGAGGUAUUGUCUUUAUUUAGGGUAGCAUCUUCUCAAUAUCCUGUUAUGUCUUGUUAAAUACUGUAUUAUCAUGUUGAGUUGCAAUGGCUAACGUAUGAACUAUUUUGUCAGAGGGACGUAUUAUUUUGUUAAACGACCAUCCUAUUUUCCUAAAGCAACAUGAUAUCAUGUCCAGUGAAUACUAUCUUCUCAGAGUGACGUACUUUUUUUUUGUCAAACGACCAUCCUAUUUUCUCAAAGUAACAUGAUAUCAUGUCCAGUGAACAUACUAUCUUCUCAGAGUAACGUACUUUUUUGAUAAACGACCAUCCUAUUUUCUCAAAGGAACAUGCUAUCAUGUCCAGUGUAUAUAUUAUCUUGUCAGAGUGACGUACUAUUUUGUUUAACGACCAUCCUAUGCUAUCACGGCCAGUGUAUAUACUAUAUUUUCAGAGGGACGUACUAUUUUGUUAAACGACUAUCCUAUUAUCUUAAAGUAACGUACUAUCUUGCCAGAGUGGCGGACUAUUUUGUCAAACGAACAUCCUAUUUUCUCAAAGUAACAUGCUGUCAUGUCCAAUGUAUAUACCAUCUUGUCAAAGUGACGUACUGUUUUGUUAAACGAUCAUCAUAUUUUCUCAAAGUAACAUGCUAUCUUGCCAGAGUGACGUACCAUUAUGUCAAACGACCAUCCUAUUUUCUUAAAGUAACAUGCUAUCAUGUCCAGUGAACAUACUAUCUUGUCAGAGUGACAUACUAUUUUGUUAAACGAUCAUCCUUGUUUUUUUCUCAAAGUAACAUACUAUAUUGUCAGAAUGAAGUACAAUCAUUGUUAAACGACCAUCCUAUAUUUUUCAAAGUAGCAUGCUAUCAUGUCCAGUGUAUAUACUAUCUUGUCAGAGUGACAACAACCAUUCUUUUUACUCAAAGUAACAUGCUAUCAUGUCAAGUGAACAUAACUAUGUUGUCAGAGUAACAUACUAUUUUGUUAAGGGGACGCAUAUUGCUACAUUCACAGUUCAUACAGCAAUGCGGAAGGGGUGCAUAUUCAAGAAAUCGAUGGUGGGAAAAUAAAAAACAUAUUCCUAAACUGAUAUAAUACUGAUGGACACCUGUAAUAUUCAGUAUUUUGUGGAUAAGGAUGUGGUACUAUGAAUGUAAUAGGAAAACAGAGGUGUUUGUGAAAGUACAUUCAACACAAAAUAUUAAGCUUUUGUAUAAGGAAAAAACAGGUUUUUUACAAUAACAGUGUUCCAAAUAAUGUUGAAGGGAUGAGAUUUUCUUUCUAACACACCAGGUGUGCUUAAACGUGUAAAAAUUUAACGCCACGUCAGUUCAUCUCGGGAUGACG